AUCUUUUCUCAUUUCCCUUCUCAAUACCCCAAAACCGAAAUCCCCAUUUCUUAGCAGAGGUUCAUUUGGGUUUCCCCAAAUCCCCAUUUUUCUCAUUUCCCGAAAUCCCUAACUCAUUUCCCCCCAAAUUAUUCUGCUGCCUCAUGUACGCCGGCUGGAUGCUUACCCCGCCUGUGAAGGUUCUCCCCCCUUUAUCUCUCUAACUUUGCUCUCUCAGGUGUGUCUUCUCCAUCUCUCUCUCUUUGGUUCUUCUCCUCUAUGGACAACAUCUCACCAUCUCUCUUUCUCAAUUUUUUUUUGGGCUCACCGAGUAUGUGUGUGAAUCUCCUCUAUUAUUUCGGUUAUAUAUAUAUAUAUGAUCAAAACUUCUCCUUCGACCCUCUUUCAGCAGAUUUGUGUUUUUCUUGGGCUCUCAAUCUCUACCUCUCUGACUGUUCUCUUUUGCUCAUAGAACAUUUUGAAGUGGUACAAUCCGGUAUGAGAACCAAGAAUUUCAUGAACAAAAGAAAAUUCUUUGGUAUUCCAAAUAGGGUAAGAAAGAUGUUGAAGUGCAUGCGUUCAGGGGAGCAAGUGAAAAUGGAUGAAAUUGAUCAUUCAUCAGACUCUCUGGCCACUAGGGACUAUUCAGCAAGUGGGUAUUCGUCUCGUCUAGGAGAAGCGGAUCCAAAGGUUGAUAAUAGCAAUAUUGAAGAGGCUGAGUCUUCUCUUCGUGAAAGUGGUUAUCUAAACUAUGAGGAAGCAAGAGCUCUACUAGGAAGACUUGAGUAUCAAAAGGGUAACAUAGAAGUUGCACUUCAUGUAUUUGAAGGAAUAGACAUUGCUGCAGUGACUCCUAGGAUGAAAGUAUCCAUUUCUAGAAGAUGUGAACAAAAUAGACGCCGUUCACAGAGUGAUUAUAUCCCACCUAUGUCCAUGCACGCUGUUAGUCUGCUCCUUGAAGCUGUUCUUCUCAAAGCAAAAUCAUUGCAAGGCUUUGGACGAUAUGAAGAAGCUGCUCAAACGUGCAAAGUUAUUUUGGACACUGUAGAAUUUGCUCUGCCAGAUGGCUUGCCUGAAAACUUCACUUCAGAUUGUAAAUUACAAGAUACUCUAUCUAGGGCUGUUGAAUCACUACUAGAGUUUUGGAGUUCAGCCAUCAGAAUAUUUUUCCAAUCAGGACAUUUUUGGUCAACAGCCUGUGCAAUUUUCUCACACACAUCUCUUCUCCACUGCAAUUUUCUUUUAGUCAGCAACCCACCAUCACCCUCAUCAUUCUCCAUCUCAGUCACGGCAGCCGCACCACUCCCAGCCACCCCCAAGCCCUUGCUCUCCGCCUCUGUUAUGUUGCACUUGCACUCACCCACCACCAACACCACCACCAACAGUCCCUCCUCCUCUUUCUCUCCCCCUAUGUAACGAUCUGAGCCCAAGAGUAUUCUUGGAUCUGUGGGGUUAUUUCCAUCGAAGAAGACAAAAAUUCAGAUACUUAAAGAUGUCAGUGGAUUAUGCAUCGACUCUGUUUUUGUGAUCCAUCGACUCUGUAUUACUUUCUUCAUUUUAAGUGUUUGGACUAUAUGAAUUUUUGAACAUGUAAUUUAUGUAUUAAUCCUCAUUUUUCCACUUUUCAUACAUAUGAUUAUGCACGUCAUUUUGUUAGUGCUUGUACUCGCAUUCUUGGAUUGGAGGGUACUCCCGAGGGAGUUGAGGAUCAAGGGAGGCUUACUCGAGUGGCUGCAGUAAGUUGAAAUUACAUGCCCGUUUAAUGAUAAAUCACUUUUAUUUAUAUCUUAGCUUAAAAUAUUUUACUCUAAUUUAGUGCCUUCAUUGUUUGUAGGCUAAAUCACUUUUAUUUAUCUUAGUUUACAUUGAAAUGAUUGACUAGAUAUUCAUAUCUUUUUAUCUCUGUGGAUUAAUAUUUAAAAUAAAACUAUCAAGUGAAUGCCUAUGUGUUUGUUUGCUUCUUUUACUCGAAAUUAAUUUUUGGGGUGUAGUGCAAAUUCAUGACUUUUGUGUUUGAUAGAGAAACAAAUAAAUUUCUCUCUGGAAGAUUAUCUACUAUACUCAUGUCUUAUAAAUAUUUGAGUGGCAAUUGACUGUGUUAGUGUGGUAGAGUUAGACAUUUUAUAUCAGUAAGUUUAUGAGCUUCAACUUUAGGGAGGGAGGGUUCCAAUUCUCUUGAACACUUGGAAACAUUGUUUACUGAUAUAUAUUAGUAAGUAAAAUAAUAGUCUACCAUAUUUCUCUCUCUUUAAAAAAAAUAAAAACAAAAUUAUAAAAGGGAACUGGGGUGAAUGAAUCUACAUCUUUAGAUCGUGGAAGCACUCUUGUAACUCUACUUUUGAUCUCAAUGAGAACCUAAUAGAAAAAUUCUUUCAUAAAAAAAUUGAUAUUUUAUGUUUCUAGUGUGUGUGGCACACUUUAUCUCAAUAUUCUGGAAGGUUGUAAAAAAGGGAAUUACCUUUUCUUAUGUAUAAUUUUAUUAAUUAAGCCUUGCAUUCUAAAUCCACUCCUAGCUUUAUGGCAUCCCCUUUUUUCAUAUUAUUUGUUUGUUUUUUUUCACAAACUCGGUUGUUCAGUGCCUUUUCUUCUUUUAACUUUUUGUUAUUUUCAUUUUAAGAUAUAUUGCGUGGCUUCUGAAUUUACAGACACACCUUGGCACUACUACUACUACAGCUUUUCUCUCUCUUUCUCUUGUACUUUGCUUAAAGAAGAUUAGCUUUGUUGAAGGAAGGACCUUUUCCUUUUCUGAUCUUUUAUUUCAGAUCAGAUUUUUUGUUGGUCAAUGCUCAAAAGGAGGAGACAAUAUUGAUCAUCAAUAUAAGCUCUUCUUUGAAACCAUUGAAUCUAAAUCUACAAGAUCAUUUGUGGUAAUAAUCUCAUUAUGUUCUUUUUCUUAGUAAAUUCUUUUCUCUAUUUUUUUUCUUGUCAAAUUCUAUAAAUGAAUUAUAGACUUGUACCGAAUUUGAUUUUAAUCACAAUUAUGCUUAAUCUAUUUGAUCAAAUGCUUACAUGAAAAUUAUGAGUAAGUCUUUUUUUUUUUUUUUUUUUUUUUAAUAUUUUUGAAAUAAAUUAGAGAGUGAUCUGAAUUUUUAAGAAAACCACAGAAAUGUGAUAUUUGGAAGGUCUCUGAGUUGCGUCAAAAUUUUUUGGGGUUUGUUUAGAUCUUAGGACAUGGGUUUUUUAUUUUAUUUUCAUGGAGCUCGGUUGUUUAACAAUGGAGGUUGGGCCCAGUCCAAGGACCUUGUACUUCUAAUUUUCAUGGAGCUUUGUUGUUUUUAUAUAUGGAAUUGGGGUUUACUUGGUAUAGUCCAAGGAUUUAGAAAAGUUGCCUGAGGCUGAUAGUUUGGACAAUCACAUUUCAUUUCAGGUAAACACACCCAAUUUUUGUUAUAGAAUUUUGAGCUUUUCUCUUUCUUUUCUUUUCUGGGUCUAUUAUGUGUUAAAAUGUCAUGUAAUAUUUUUUUUCAGUACGAGGAUAUGAAUGCAAUGCAGAGAAAAAUUAAAAGGAGCAUGUAAAAAAUAGUAUUGACUUAGAUGACAUGAAGUGCAUGAAAAAACGUAAAGUGCAUGAAAAAACAAUAAAAGAUGACAUGAAUGGAACUAUCAUAGACUAAACCAACUCCUCUUUAUUGACCCAGAUGUUGUGUGAGACUUGUGAAAGUUUUAGUACCUAUGUGUUCCCUAGAUGAUGGCAUAUAUUUCAUUAUUUUCAUAGUUUUAUCAUGCUCUCUAGACUAAUUCAGCUUGUGUUUUCAAACUCAAGUAGCAUGUAUCCACAACAUGUAUACAAAUAAACAUAUAUUUAUAUACUCUGGCAAGCAAACAAGUAUGUUAACAUUCUCAUAUUUUAAUAAUAAAUUUGUAGAGGUGCAUUCAAAUUAAAAAUCACAUAUACAUUAUUUAUCAUAUAUUUACUCUAUUUCUAAUAUUGAAUCUACUAAUUUUUUAUGCAUUGACAAUAUUAUGUUUUUUUGUUUCUCUUACAGAUUAUGGGACUAGUAAUGAUAUGAAAAAGGUUCUCGUUCACAUAAUUAAAUAGUUGGAGAUAUUGUGUCAAUGAUCUUUUCUCAUACACUUAUUAUGGCAUUUAUUGUCAAUUGUUCAGGUUCCCUCUCCUCUUACAAAACAUUUUCUCUGGUGGAACUUUUGCUUUUUCCUGGUACAUAGUCAACUAAGCUAUUUCUUUAUGUCUUGACAAAACCAAUGAAGAGAAACUCAGUGACAGCAAUGGCUUAGUUUUUUGAUACAAAGCCGAGAUGAGUCACCUUAUUAAGUCAAUAAACCAUGGAUCAAGUUUGAAUGUUGAAGUUGAUUCACUAUAACAUAUCUGUUGUGUAUGUCUCGCAAUGUGGUUAUCUAGGCUAUCAAAAAGUGGUUAAAACAGCUAGUGACCAUAACUGUUUUAAUAAGAUUCCUCAAGUUCACUUACUUUGGUUCAGCUGCAGAAUCAAAAACUCACUAGCCAGGUCCAUGAAAUUGUUGGACGAAUUAACGACAGAUUUGGAACAUUGAUAGCUGUUCCAAUAAAUCACUUGGAUCGCUCUCUUGAUUUCCAUGCUUUAUGUGCUCUAUAUGUUGUCACAGAUGUGACAAGCGAAAUAGAAAAGGAUACUUAAUUUUGAAGGCUUUGUGUUGGGCAGCUGUAGAAUAUUUUGUGUUGAAAGUAGUAGAAUAUGUUGAAUAUUUAAGACUACUUGAAUACUUAAAGAACAUUUUUUCGUUGAUGACAGUGUUGAAUGUUUUAAACUAAUUUGUGGAUUGUUAAUACAAUGUUGAAUGUUUUAAACUAA